AUGAUCCGAUCUUGUAUCAAGAGUCAUACUACUAGUAAUAGUAGUUUAUUUAAUGGUUUCAUAAACCACUACUAUAAUAUUAAAUCAUUGAAUGUUAGAUCUUUUUCAAAUAUAACAUCAAACACAAAUUCAACUUCAAACACAAAUAUAAAUAAGAUACCAAAGUUAAAGGUUAUAUCAUCGACUCCUAAUAAUAAUAAUAGUGUUAGCAGCAAUAAUAUCACAAACAAUAACAUACAAAACAUAAAAUCAAACUUUAAAACAAAUAUACCAAACAAUGAUAUUACUACUACACCACCAAUAGAUAUUAAUCAAAUUAGAAAUAGAGUUUAUAAUAAAUUAAAUAAUAAAUCAAAUACAACAUCAACAUCAUCAUCGACAACGACAAUAAAAUCAACACCACCACCACAACUAACAAACAAUAACAAUAGCAAUAGUAAUAGCAAUACAUUUGUAUCAUCUUAUUAUAAAGUAAAUGAAGAACAAGUAUUGCAAUAUUUAGAGAGAAAGAAAUUACAAUAUAGAAUAUCUGGUCAAGAGAUCAUUGUUAAAGAAUGUCCAUUAUGUCCAGACACUAAAGGUAAACUAGAUAAUCUUUGGAAACUCUAUAUAUCUAGAGAGACAAGUGGAUACAACUGUUUCCGUUGCUCAAACAAGGGUUCUUGGUUCGAUUUUAAGGCAAAUCUUGGUGACUUGUCAAUGAAACAGAUUAGUUCUGCAACUUCUACACCUGCAGAGGAGGAAAUCACAACUACCAUUGCUGAUAUUAAAAGAAUGGCUACAUACGCUCAUGAAUUAGAUAAUCAUCCUGAUGUUAUUCAAAGAUUAACAGGUAAAGGUGCAGGUGAGAGAGGUCUGUCUCUGGAUGUAUGUAAACUUUAUAAUAUCGGUGUUACAACACAAUCGUUCUUUGUUGAUGAUUCAUGGAAAGAACAGAAAUGUAUUACAUUCCCUUGGACCAAUCUCGAUAAGAAGGGCAAUGUUAUCACCCAUCGUUGUAAAUUGAGAGCGUUGGAAUCAAAGGCACUUCAGAGAAUCGAGCCAAAGGGUGGCAAGUGGGGAUUCUUUGGUUGGCACACUGUACCUCUCGAUGCAAAAGAGAUAGUGCUGACAGAGGGUGAAUACGAUGCGAUGGCUGUUUACCAAUCCACUGGAAAACCAACUAUCUCUCUGCCAAACGGUGCAAACUCAUUACCGAUAGCACUGUUACCGUUGCUCGAGCGAUUCGAAAAGAUCUAUCUCUGGAUGGAUGACGAUAUUCCAGGUCAGGAGGGUGCAGCCAAGUUUGCAGAGAAGCUGGGUAUCCAACGUACAUUCAUUGUGCGCACCAAACAGGGUGAAGACAACGGACCAAAGGAUGCAAACGACGCACUUCUUCAAGGCAGAGAUCUGAACAAGAUAUUGGAAUCCGCAUCUAAUAUCCCGCAUGACCAGAUUUGUGAUUUCUCAGAUGUCAGAGCAUCGAUCCACAGUGAACUGAGAAACCCAUCGUCGGUCAAUGGCGUCAAAAGUCAAUGGUUCCCCACUUUCAAUAAGCUGCUGAAAGGACACAGAAAAGGAGAGUUGACAAUCUUCUCUGGUCCAACUGGUAUUGGAAAGACAACGCUUCUUUCACAGCUCUCGUUAGACUUUUCCACACAGGGCACACGAACUCUAUGGGGAAGCUUCGAGAUCAAGGUCUCGAGACUAGCAAAGAAGAUGAUGGGACAAUACGCAGGUGUAGAUUUAGAACAGCAUGUAGACAACUAUAAUAAGAUUGCCGAUGAUUUCGCAGCACUUCCAAUGUAUUUCAUGCGUUUCUUUGGUUCUACUCAAGUCGACAAGGUUUUGGAUGCAAUGGAAUAUGCUGUCUACGUACAUGAUGUUGAGCAUAUCAUCUUGGACAAUUUGCAAUUCAUGCUGAGCGGUCAAACAAAAGCAAUUGAACGAUUCGAAACAAUGGACGAAUCCAUAGAGAAAUUAAGAAAGUUUGCGACUCAAAAGAAUGUUCACAUCACACUUGUCAUUCACCCAAGAAAACAGUUGGAUGCCGAUACACCAUUGAAUAUCAGCGAUAUAUUUGGUACUGCAAAAGCAACUCAAGUAUGUAUUAUACUUAUAAUUUUCAUUUUAUUCACUUGUAUUUUAUACUAA